AUGUCUAAUAUUGAACCUAAAGAAGGUGAUUUUUAUACUUUCCAUAAUAAUUUUGUUGAAGCAGUUAAAGAAUAUGCAAAGAAAAAAGAAUUUCAAGUUCGUUUAGGAAAAGUAGAAAAAAAUGCAGUAGGAAUUAUUCAUAAAAGAACUAUAUUAUGUAAUCGAGAAGGUGAUCCAGAAAAAACAUCUAUUAAGAAACAAAAAUGGCGACACACUUCAGCUGAUGCAGCAGUAAAAAAAUUAACAGAGAUAGCUAAGUAUUUUCCUGAAUUAACUUUAUUACUUGACUCUUUGGAAAAUUAUUCUUUAUGCGAAAAGCACUAUAAUAAUAUUAUUGCUAAAAUUUUUAAUUUAAAUCCAUUUGAAAAAACUUCUGUUGAUUUUGGGGUCCAAGUAUCUUUGCUAGAUCCAGCAUAUGAAAUAUUUUUGAAAAAAACUAAAGAAUUGGAAUAUCUCAAUACUAUACAAAUUGUUAAAAAGGAACGAAGUAACUUAUUUGAAGAUAUAUCAAAUUUAAUAAAAAAUCCUGAGCAAUUCAGUUUAAGUAAUUUUUUAAAAUAUUCUCCUUCCAAAUGGCUUGCUGAACGAAAUCCGGUUAUUAUAAAAUUUAUUGAGACUCUUACUGAUAACAAAAACAAAUAUCAAAAUGAAGGAGAAAAAAUUUUUAAAUUUAAAUAUUCAUUGGUGAGAUCAAAAAUGAUUGUUGACAUUGAUAAUCAUAUCAUCAGUUCUGGUUACUAUAAAAAAUUUAUCAAUUGGUUAAAAAGUUUAGCUGUAGAACAACUACCUCUUCCCAAAGAUACAGAUUCUUGGUUACAUUUUGGGUUUAGCAAAAAACAAUAUGAGGAGUUGUUUGAUUUAAGUUCAGGUAUAAAAAACAAAAUUCAUAAAGAACUUACUAAUUAUCUUACUAUUAUUUUAGGGGAACUUCGCAUUGAGAAAAAUCAAGAAAAAAAUAUAAUUAAUGAAUUGAUAUAUUAUCAAAGUCAAACUGAGUAUAUGAAAAAAUGUUUACCAUCUAAUAUUACAAAUAUAACCAAAAAAUUCAUAAAUAUUAAUUCUUAUAUAUUUGAAGAAGUACAAUUAGUUCCAGAAAAAAUUUCUGGAAUUAAAGACAGUAGUCGUAAAUGGUUUGUAGUUACCUGUGAUGGAGUACCAUAUCAUCACAUACAAAAAAUAAAAAAGAAUUAUCCUUGGCUUAUAUUAAUUCCAGAUGCUUUUCAUGAAGAGAUGAACAUGUUAAAACCUUCGUUAAGACAUGCUACAAGACAAAUGUUUGUGCCUAUUUGGUCCAUUCGAUGGCAUCCGAUUUAUCGAUUGAUCAAAAUCACUGAUGAAGAACAGAUGUUACGAUUAAAGCCUAAAAUUUCUAAGUUAAUUCAAGAAAGAAUUAUGACUUCACGAUCUACAUUUCCAAAUUAA